AUGAUCGUCCGUGUGAAACGACCACGUCGCGAACUAAUUAUAACUUUAAUUAUAGCAUUAAAUGUUUUAGAUAGCGAAUGUUAUGAAAAAACUCUGCGGAAAAUUGUGCGAGAACAAUCAAAAAUGGUGCAAAGACCAUAUCACGACCACCAGCACAUCAGCUUCACCAACAACUCUCAAUCCAUGCAACAACAUUUUGUGUACCCAGGCUUUGCACAAAUGAAAUCUAUUAUACAUAAAAUGCAGCGCCCGAAGAUGUCUACAAUCCUAGCGUCACUGGACACAGGAAGAAGUAAAUCAAUGUACUCAGGAAUGAAUAUUGCAAAAAAAUCGGGAAUACAUCCGUUCGAACUGAGACUCACAAGAAAUACCUUUAAUAACACCACUAACCCUCCUCGAAAUAAAGACGACCAUUUGAUAUUCCCUGAUUUAAACAGCCUUGAACAUUUCAAUUAUAACAAAAGCAAUCCAGUAGAUACUUAUGAGAACCACAUUGGAUCGGUUCCAACCUCUAACUUUUUCCCUCUCGUUCAAGACAACCCUUCACAGACUACUGCACCAGAAGUUAGUGUGAGCGUCUUUCCUCUAGUAACUUCGUUGAAUACGGAUGUUACCGAAGAUACCAGUCUGCUUAUCAAAAGUAUCUACAACUCUAGCACUAAUAAAACCGCUAAUGAUUUCGAAGUCCCGAAACAAAAAUAUACUAUAGUAGAUUUCGACCCGCAAGAAGAAAAGGCAGACUUUUUAAUAGAGGAACGUCCCAUCGAGACGCUGGUGUUAUCCCACAAUUAUAAUAUAUCGACAGCACCCUUCAUUUGUACACAUAACUAUGAGGCCAAAGCUGACAUCGAUGCUCAAGAAAAAUUUACUGAAUUUAACAUAGAGCCAACAUGGAUGAAAACGAAGAACUUUUGGAACCAUAUUUAUGAAAGCCGCUACGAAUCUCUGAUGAGAAAUCCGAAUUGGCCUCCAUUAAAAGUGAUACUGGUUCCACGGUCGGACGUUCAUUCAAUUUGGAAGAAACCAUUUGAAAAAUUACAUAAAAAUUCCGUUCGAUUUAUUAUAUCAAAUAUGAUAAAAAAAUUACAGUUUUAUCCAAAUUUAACAUUUAGUUGGAACGAAGUGUCACACCUUAGUCAAUGGUGGAAAAGUGCUCGUCAAAAAAGUCGCAACGCACUUCGUAAACUGGUAAAGGAAGGAAGAUUAGAAAUAACAACAGGCGCCUGGGUAGAAACAGACGAGGCAACCUCACAUUUAUUUGGAAUUGUUCACCAAUUGAUGGAAGGGCACCAAUGGUUGCAGUAUAACUUAAAUUAUUCGCCUGACGUGGCGUGGCUUACGAAUAGCGUAACCCACAGCCCCACUCUACCCUAUCUUCUGUCAGCGUCCGGAAUAACUAGUUUGGUUCUAACAAAUCUUCAUUUCGCUUGGCAGCAAUAUUUAACAGAGUAUCAAGAAACCAACUUUAUGUGGAUUCAAAACUGGGAUACCGAUAAAACGACUCAGACAACGCUUAACGAAGCCCUUAAAAGAAUAGGCAACGACCGGUUCCAAAAACAUUCUGUUUUAACACACUAUCUACCAUUUAAUUCUGCUGGAUUCAGAGCUUCUUGUCCUCAGGGUGAUAUUUGCAGCGAGGAAUUUAAUUUUGUAAAUUCCGACAACCAUCUGGAUAUCAAUUCUUUCAAUGUUAAAGAAAGGUCUGAGAAAAUACUUGAACAGUAUUCUAAAACUGGAACGACGUCAUCUCACAACGUGGUGCUGGCGCCAAUAGGCAGCUCGUUCAGUUAUGAAUUGCAAUCCGAAUUUGACUUACAGUAUAAUAAUUACCAGAAAAUUUCGGAAUUUGUGAAUACGAAUCAAGAUAUUUAUAAAGCUACUAUUGAAUUUGGAACUCCGAAAAAUUACUUUGAAAGUUUGUUUACCAGUCCAACAUCUUAUCCCACGUUAAAAGGUGACUUUCUGAAUUUCGCUGAUAUCAGUGACGGCAGCCCGGCUUAUUGGACGGGCUUCUUUACCACUAGACCUCAAUUUAAGAUUUUGCUGAGACGUCUUCAGGCAACAUUGCGCAGCUCAGAGAUUCUAUUUGCAUUCGCAAUGAGCUAUAACGUGUUGAAAAAAAAUGAAGUGUCUACAUUGUUCAGCCGAUUGGUGAAUGCUCGCGAAACUGUAGCCCGCCUCCAGGAUAGGAACGUCGUCGGCGGCACUUUGAAGGCAGUGGCGCUGCGAUACGCCCAUAGAGAGAUAGUUAAGACAGCACAAGACUGCUGGUACAUACAGGAGGUAGCGGCGAGCUUACUCAACUCAAAACCUGACCAAAACACAACAUAUCUGGAAAAAUACGUCUAUAGAGAGGGAGAAUUUAUAUCUUCUUUUAAGUCCGUUAUGUCAGGGGAUCAAAUCUAUAUAUUUAAUUCUCUUAGUCAUGAAAGAACUGAAAUAGUAGAACUGGUGAGUAGGUACUCCGGUAUAAGAAUUUUGGAUCACAAUAAGAAAGACGUUAGCCUUCAAAUAAAACCAACCUUUAAGUAUGGCUUUCAAGGUGUCGUGAAAAUAUCCAAGCAUUUUUUCCAAAUCAUAUUUGUAGCUGUCAUUCCUCCAUUUUCAUUUCAACUUUUUAAGAUAAAAGACACCUUUGACACGACACACAGUCUCUCUACUAUAUAUUGUACGGCCUGUGUGUCCGAGGAGGACGACCUCACUCCCCUGUCUCCAUUCACCUUACAUCCGGUCGAGACGGGAGACGUGCAGCUCGAGAACUAUAAGUAUCGUCUUAUUUUUGAUGAACACACCGGUUUCCUCAAAACGGUUACUGAUAAGUCUACUAAUAUUGAAAAACCAAUUUCGAUCGAGUUCGGUGCUUUCAGAAGUUCACAUAUAAACUCUGGUAUGUUUUUAUUUAAUACAAAUGUUUCAAAACCACUAGAGGAUAUAUUAUCUCCUUAUAAACAAAGUAACGGUUCAAAAGUUGUGAUGAUCAUAUCCGGAUUAAUUACCACCGAAUUUAUAAUAUUUUAUGGAAAAUUUAUACACCAUACUGUAACGAUUUAUAAUUUAGUGCAUAGUCCUUUGUCCAGUGCUAUAAGAGUAGAAACGAAAAUCGAUUACGACCUGUCGCCGAAACAUCGAGAACUGGAGGUGUUCAUGUCGAUACAGACAGAUAUAAACAACGGCAACCCGCCGGAGAUCAUUAUUGAUAAUAAUGGUUUUCAAUACACCCCACGAACUAUCAACAUGAGCAGAAGGGUGGAAUCUAACAUAUACCCUAUGACGAGUAUGGCCUUUAUACAAGAUAACAAAAACCGCUUAACUGUUAUAACGGAUCACGCACAAGGGGUGACAGCUUUUCAAGAAGGUCAACUGAUCAUUAUGAUGGACCGAAGAAUACUCUUCGACGACGGACGAGGGUCACAUGAAGGCCUCGCAGACAACACCGCCGCCUGGCAGACACAUUAUAUUCUGCUGGAGACCUUUACUACACCUUAUAGCAGCUACCAAAAAGAAGAAUUGAAGAUGUCCCUUAUGUUACCCAGCUUUUCAGCGAUAUAUUUAGCCAAUAUUUUGAAUUUUUUGAUAGAUAUAUACUUUAUAGAUAACAACAAAACUCAUUCUUGUCAAUUCGCUUUCUUGCCACUGGUUAAGACAUCUUUUCCUUGUGACGUUACUGUCCUUAAUUAUAGAGCAAUUCUAAACAGAGGAACUCCCGAAAAUUAUAUACCCAAUAUUGCAUUACUGACACUUCACAAACAAAGUUUCUCUUGUCUAAUAGAACACAAUAGUUUUAUUGAUUGCAGCGGGGAUAAUUCGUUUAUUUUGCAGAAGAUUUUACGUAAUGCCAAAGUUAUUUACCAGACCAACUUAGUGGGUACGACGGAGGGAGUACCUGCAAGUGCUUUAAAUAAAGCCAACUUUCCACCUAUGGAAAUUUCAACUUUUAGAAUACACUUCUAA